AUGCGGGAGACGCGCCCGCCGUGCGGGAACGAGGCCGACGCCCUCGGGGAGGCAGGGCCGGCGGGCAGCGUGCGGGAAGCCGCCCGGGCGGCCUGCGGUGCGGACUCGGGCCGCAGACACGACGGCGGCCGCGCCGAGCCCGCCCUGCAGACACGGCUGAGGACGGAAGGCGCGGCCGCGGCACCGCCCCGAGGGACGCGCACGGAGCGCCGGGCUCCCUCUGCGCCUGCGCCACGAGCGCCUUCCGCGGAAUCGGCGAGCGUCCCUGCGGGAGCCGCGUGUGACCUUCCCACGCGGAGCGAUGCUGCCGGCGGCCGCUCGCCCCCUGUGGGGGUCGCGUCUGGGACUGCGCGGCGCCGCGCUCCGCCUUGCCAGGUACGGUGGGGCGCCCUGGAGGGUGGGGGGCCCGCGGUCGCCGGGCACGGUGCAGGGGCCAGAGGGCGCGACCUCGGCAGGAGCGCGCGGAGCUCCGGGCUCGGCCCCCGGGCGACCUUGGACGGUCCCCGAGGCCGGCGCGGCCGUGGGCAGCCCGCGCUCACGCUGUCCUGGGGCGGGGACAGGCAGCCGGUGCCCCGCGUGUGCGCCGCGCGCCUCCUGUGCUGCAGCAGCCGUCGCCGCGGCGAGGCCCUGGCCGGGGCGCCCCUGGACAACGCCCCCAAGGAGUACCCCGCCAAGGUGCAGCAGCUCGUGCGGGACAUCGCCGGCCUCACGCUGCUCGAGCUCUCGGACCUCAACGAGCUCCUGAAGAAAACGCUCAAGAUCCAGGACGUGGGCGCCGUGCUGCCCGGUGCUGCCCCUGUGGCCGCCGCCCCUGCCACUGAGGAGGCUGAAGAAGAGCUACCUAAGCAGAAGGAACGCACCCAUUUCACCGUGCGCCUCACGGAGGCCAAGCCCGUGGACAAGGUGAAGCUCAUCAAGGAAAUCAAGAACUACAUCCAGGGCAUCAACCUGGUGCAGGCCAAGAAGCUGGUAGAGUCAUUGCCUCAGGAAAUCAAAGCCAACGUGGUCAAGGCCGAGGCGGAGAAGAUCAAGGCGGCCCUGGAAGCCGUGGGUGGCACCGUGGUCCUGGAGUAGCCACUAGGACUGGGGUCUGAGGACUCGCCGGCCGGGCCCCUG